GACCUGCCCUAUUCACUAAUCAAACGUUCUUUGUUUAGACUAAACAAUGAACUGCAAAUGGGCCUGGUUGAUGGUGUUGCUGCUGUCGCUACUCGGCGGCGCUUUGGGUCUCAGCUGUCCCGCCGGAUUCAGUGCCGAGAAGAACAAGUGCGUGAGCGAGCGACCAGUGCACGGCACCUGUAAGUCCGGAUCUACUUAUCAGCUGGGUCUUAAUAAGUGUGUGCUUGAUUAAUUAUUAUAGAUUCAUAUACUUGUUUGUGAAUAUUAAAAUUUUGUUUACCAAUGCAUUAGAAAA